AUUAAGGAUUUCCUGAGCUAUAUCCAACCUGUGAAUGUGUAUCCCAAUGUACUGCCAGUGGGUGGGACAGAGGACAAAGUUAUGGAAAUAUUAAAGCCAUUAUGCAGGUCGUACAGGAGAAACAUGGAACCCAAGUACAAGCCCUUAGGAACACUGAAGAGAGUCCACAAGAGAGACUCAUCUGAUACAGAUGAAGAUGAUUUCUUUGAUACAGAAUUAACUGCUGCAAGGCCUAAGAUUCCAAAAAAGCAAAGCAAAGAGAGCAGGACCUCCAGUGCAGGACAGUCUGAAAAUGCUGAAGGAAAGAUUAACGAGAGCACAGAAAGCUACAAAGGAACCACAACUUAUAUGUCCCUCAAGGCAGACUUCAUAGACUGUGAGGAAUCAAAUGAUGAUGAUGAUGACGACGAAGAAGAAUCUGAAAAAAAUAUAGUUCAAGUUCGUUCCCCUGAGCGAGAUGCCACUUCCACAUCCAAUUCCAAUGGAGUAACUAGUGACCAACAGGAGUCUAAUGCCGACGUCCCUCGCUGGGAUGCAUUUUUUCAGUGUAACAAACUCGAAGAAAGCUCUGAAAAUGAGGACAACUUCCCAUCUUCAGCAGAUGCUGGUGGGUCCCAGUCACUCUUCAGUGAUUCCGAUGGAGUAAGUGACUCCACACACAUCUCCUCCCAAAAUUCUUCUCAGUCAACACACAUAUCAGAGCAGGGGAGCCAGGGCUGGGAUAGCCAAAUGGACACAGUACUCAUUACAUCCCAAGAGAGAAGUGCCUUGGACAUGAGCAGCUUCAGCAAAGGUGGGAGCAGAACUGUUGUCCCUCUGUUGCAGGAGACUGCCAAAGACAGUCAACCUGACAACAGCAGGUGGAAGCCACUGGGCCAAAAUAAAUCUUGUGCCUACGAUGGUGCCUGUGAGUUGAAAAGCAAAGACUGCGAGAAAGAUGCAGAAGCUGGCACUGCUCACGGUCAGGAUGCGCUGGCAGAAAUAAAUGCCAACUCCAGGACUCCUGAUCUAGAACUGAGGAGGGACUCCCAGAGCUCCUCUGACUUUGAAAUUCCCUUGACUCCUGGUGCUGAAGUGCCUCAGCCAGAUAAACUGCACAGUUUGUAUAAGAAGCUAGCAGCAGGGGAAAGCAUACUCAAUGAGAAAAAAGUCUCCUGA